ACAGGAGGUCCCAGCACAAAGAGAGAGCUGGCAGGACUGGAAAGAGAGAAGCCCUCAGCUUUGCUUUGAAAAUGAGAGCAAUGUUUACAGCCAUUAGCCAUCAAUAAGGAUCAGCCGGCCAGAUCCAGGAGCACCCCGGCAGGAGCCCCACUUACGUCCCACUCUGAGUCCAAAUGUUCUCCAACUGGAAAAGAUCAAUGUUCCUGUCUUUUCAUGAGGACCCUGUGCCCACCACAGCCUCUUUCGGCACGGAAAUGCUCAACCUCACGUCGCAAGUCCUCAUGCCCACGCUCAAUGGGACCGUGCCCAGCACCUGCAUCUACUCCGAUGAGUGGAACUGGCUCAACACCAUCCAGGCCCCGUUCCUCUGGGUCCUGUUCGUGCUGGCGGCCCUGGAGAACAUCUUCGUCCUCAGCAUCUUCUGCCUGCACAAGAGCAGCUGCACGGUGGCCGAGAUCUACCUGGGCAACCUGGCCGUGGCAGACCUCAUCCUGGCCUGCGGGCUGCCCUUCUGGGCCGUCACCAUCGCCAACAACUUCGACUGGCUUUUCGGGGAGGUCCUCUGCCGCGUGGUGAACACCAUGGUCUACAUGAAUCUCUACAGCAGCAUCUCCUUCCUGAUGCUGGUGAGCAUUGACCGCUACCUGGCCCUGGUGAAGACCAUGUCCAUGGGCCGGAUGCGCGGGGUGCGCUGGGCCAAGCUCUACAGCCUGGUGAUCUGGGGCUGCACGCUGCUCCUGAGUUCGCCCAUGCUGGCCUUCCGGACCAUGAAGGAGUACAGGGACGAGGGCCACAACGUCACUGCCUGCGUUAUCAUCUACCCGUCCCGCACCUGGGAAGUGUUCACCAACACCCUGCUCAACUUCGUGGGCUUCCUGUUGCCCUUGACCAUCAUCAGCUUCUGCACGGUGCGGAUCAUGCGGGUGCUGCGCAACAAUGAGAUGCACAAGUUCAAGGAGAUCCAGACAGAGAGGAAGGCCACGGUGCUGGUCCUGGCCGUGCUGCUGCUCUUCAUCAUCUGCUGGCUGCCCUUCCAGAUCAGCACCGUCCUGGACACGCUGCUGCGUCUUGACAUCCUGUCCGGCUGCUGGGAUGAGUACGUGAUCGACGUCUUCACACAGAUCGCCUCCUACGUGGCCUACAGCAACAGCUGCCUCAACCCGCUGGUGUACGUGAUCGUGGGCAAGCGCUUCCGCAAGAAGUCCCAGGAGGUGUUCCAGGGACUGUGUCAGAAAGGGGGCUGCAUGCUGGAGCCCAACAAGAUGGAGAACUCCAUGGGCACGCUCCGGACCUCCAUCUCCGUGGAGCGCCAGAUCCACAAACUGCCAGAGUAGGUGGGGAACAGCCAGUGAGGGGAUGCCACCAGGACCCCUGUUCAUGUGUGCCAGGACGGAGGGACGGUGGCACUUCGGGACGUGCCCGGGAAGGAAUGGAGGGCAUGCCAUGUGUGUGACCUCAGGCAAUAAGUCGGUGACUCUGGGAAAACCCAGGAGCUUCAUGGCUGCCCUGCCCAAACUGCAGUGAGCCGGGCCGUGAGGAUGGGGUGACCUCACGCACAGCCAAGGCCUCCAUACACACGACAGUAUUAUUGUGCUCAUUGGCUGCCACCCCUGGGCCAGCCUGCAUCAUCCUGGGAGUGGAGGGCGCCUGGGGACAGGGACAGGAGUGACUGAGCUUCCCUUCCACAUGGCAUCCCGCCCUGCCUCAGCACGCCAGCUCUGGCCUCCAGGAGAAUGGCCACCCCAGCUCUGGUGCCGCAGCUGAGUGCACAGGUGGGACCUGGCUGGGGUUUCACCUUAGGUCUCUUAAAUAACCCAGCGGGGACUCUGGAGGAUGAUUUCUCAGAUUAAUGAAGGUUUAACUCCGAGGGAUCCCUGGUAAGAACCCAGAGACCAGGAUUCCAUCACUUCCCCUGCCCAUGGACAAGACAGUCUUUGCCAAAAAAGAGCUCGGUCAGCACUUAGCUAGCACCUGCUCUUCAUGAGCAGCACGGGCAAGAGGGAAGCAAAAGAGAGUAUCACCUCUUUCUUGAAGGGACUUGCAAACUCGAACGGGGUGAUUACUUGCAAUCACCAGAAGGCUGUUCUGCGACCCAACGUGGUCAAGCAAGGCACUGGGGACGGUGCAGAGGAGAGGGGUGAGGAGCCUGCCGCUGCCAGCCCGUAACUCGUGGCACAUCGUUUUGUCCCUGCCCGUGUCGUCCUCUGGAACACCAGGGUGUGGUGAAGAUUGAAAGAGGCAACAGGCAUAGAAGUACUUUGAAGGAAGGAAAGGUGCUAUAUACAUGUGUGGCGUUAUUACGCACCCAGAACGGAAGUAAAUUUAUUGUAAAGACGUAGCUUUGUUGCUAAGGGUCGUGUCAAGUACCAGUCAGUAUCUGCCACACUGUAACGGCUCAGUAAUGUUCACUGCCUUCCACCUUUCCUUCCCGUACUCUGUCCCCCCCCGCCACAUACAUAUGCAAGCAUUUGGGGGCAGGCCACCUGUUCGUUGUUUGAUUUGUGAUAAGCCCAAGAGAUCUUCGAUGGAACUUGUUCAGGGAAUCCACGUGCUCGGACCCUCCCUGGGGGUGGACAGUAAUCGGGAGGAGUCCAGGCCUGCCUACCGUCCCUGUCUCAGCAACCAAGGGCACCAACCAGUGGUUUAUUGGAAGGUGGCCCAGUGGGGGCCACUCGAGGGCGGCCGACCAAUGAUUUGGCAAAAAGGUCAUCGACCCCACAGCACUGGUCCUGGUACCAAGCUCCCCUAGAGGGCUGAGCGGUUCAUGGGUGCCAGCAGCAGCCCUGGGUCAGGAGGGCUGGCUAGGUCCGGGCAGGUGUGACCGUGAGGAAGCCCUGGGGAGGGACCCACACGAUGAGCAGCAAAACAGCUGGUCCUCUGCAGAAGAGAGAAGGGAGAACGCCCUCCCCCAGGAGGCCCGCAGCCAGCACUACAGAGGGCGGGGCGACGAGUGGGGUGGGGCGGUUCCCAGGUGUCAGGCAGCAGGAAGCGGGACCAGCAUCCUUGGCCAGAGCCUUAAGAAACAGCCCUGUCCCCAAGCCCCAGGUCCUCCAGGGAGGAUUCAUUUCUUUUUUCCCACAUGUUUCACAAUCUGUCUCCUGGGGUCAGCACCGUGCCCAGCCCCUUGGGGAGUAUGGAGAACGCACCACCCAGGCUCUGACAUCAAGUGGCAGAGGACCAAGGCAGGGAGGGCCAGCUCAGUAGCAGUGGGUCUCAGGAGCUUCCACGAUAGUAAGGUACGCGGCACCUGGGCAGCGCUCAUUUGCUCAAUAAAAUAAAUGGAUACUUCUCAGCAGGCUCUCUCUGGAGAAGAUGGAAACCCAAAGGAUGGGGCAAUUUGGGAUGGCAAACAGCCCAUAAAUCCUCAUCAAGCCGGCUCUAGAUUUUAAGACAAAAAGGAUCAGAAAAGACCCCCAGCUUUUGUUCCCCUGCCACACACACCUCUCCCAGUGAACUUACGCACUCGCAGCUGCAGAAAGCAAACAAUUGAAUAAGAGGUAGCAAUGGUUUCGUAUUUGAAUGAAAUUACACAGGUGCACAUAUUGUGGAAUAAAAAGGAGGCUGUGUUUUGCCACUGUGGAGUCCUCAUGCAUCAGCUGCCGUGUGAUGGUCUAAAGGUCUUCUUUGAGCAGAGCCACAUCACAGCUCUGGAACCCUAAUGGUCCCUUGGGGGUCCUCUUGUGGUCUGAGGAGCAAUCAGUCUGUGAGAUGGCAGCCGCCCUGUGGGUUGUGUUGACACCGCGAUAGAGAACAUCUGUCCUGUGAAAGACCCAAAGAGCUGUUACAUUGUAAAGAGGGAGCAUUUCACAAAUAAUGAGAAAUGGAUGAAACGUGUAAACAUGCGUCUUUUCCAUACAGCUUAAUAAAUGGAUGAGGCGUUUUUUGCAGAGAUCUUUCAUGUGUUAUAACUCCGGACCCCCUGAGUGUUGUGAGGACACUGUGAUAGGCAGUCAGAAGCCUUGGAGGGGUGGGGGACAAGUCAUUAUUUCCACUCAACCUAUUUUAGGGCUUCUGGCCCGCAGAACAGUGGUGUCCGAGCUUCUGUGAUUGUGUAACUCUCUAAGUAAAGGAAUUUUGAUUAUAUAUACCCAAUAUGCAAACUUACUAAUAUGUAUUAAAAUGUAGGCUCUAAAAUAUACUGAAAUAGAAAUGUAAGAAAAUUUAACAGGAUUUGCUACUUUCCCCUGCCUCCAUCCCUACAGUGGUAACUCACCACCCAGCUCCCAUCAGGUGCCAGUGGGACCCCAAGAGGACCUCGUAUCGUAGCGAUGGCAGAGACUCAAUCACUCAUGCAUGCAAUAUAUUUAUUGAGUCCCUUCCAUUUGACCUCCCCUUCAAAUCAGGAGUGACUUCUACGAUGUCUAGAUUAAAUAGUUGUCUAGCCACUGCUUGCAUGAUCCCAGUGAUGGGGAACUCAUUACCCACUUCAUUUGGGGGGGCCUCUUCAUUAUUCGUGUAUUCACUGCUUCCCUCAUUCAUUAAAGAGAACUUGUGUCCUGUGUCUACAGAAAUGGUACUAGUCCGUCUACACCUCCAACCACCCACGCCAGAAACGUGGGGUUCGUCGGUAAAUGCACCCUCUCCUUCGUUCCUUCCGCCCCGUGGAUCAGCACUUC